AUGAGGCGACUUCUGAAAUUCAAACGCAGAGAGGCAAGCAAUGGUGAUCCCCAGGGGAACAGCGCGAUCACUUCUUCACCGCCUAUGGAGUCAGAGAAGAUCGCACCUUCUACAACUUCAAGGCCUGCUUCCAGCCUCAAAUUACAGCCUGCCGGACCUUCAGUGGGGGCUGCUAGUUCUUCUCCGACCACUGUGGGUGCCGCACAGUCAAAAAGUGAGCAAGAUGUAGCGUCUAUCUCGCCCUCUACAGGUUCCUCGCCCCCACCAUAUUCCAGCACGAGCCAGGACAAUGACACAUGGAGUCGCGCUUACGAAUUGGCUGCGAACCGAGAGCCAGAUUUGAUGAGAGAUUACGCGAAUCACCUAGCCUCUCUACAGCCUAACUCCACAACUAAAAGAAAUAUAUCGAGCUCGGAUUUUGUCGAAGAUGUUGUGAAUCAGCUAUUGGAAGACAGACAGAAGAAACAAUGGCGGCUUCCUCUCUUGGGAGAUAAUGUCAUUAUUCGAAAGCAAGUCGAGAAAUUGACAAAAGUUCUCUUAUGGUCUGAUCCUGUCAUCAAACGUGCUGUUAGCUUUCAACCAUAUGCGGCGCUUGCAUGGUCCAGUGUUUCCAUCCUUCUUCCUCUAGUGGCAAGUGCUGCCACACCGAACGAGGCUAUGCUGAAAGGGUUCAACUCGAUCAGCGAUGUUCAAAUCUAUUGGACAAUUUUCGAAGAGACUUACUUGACUUCCGCCCAUCGAGAACAUUACGAAAACCUAAUUGAGCCUUUGAUCAAGCUCUAUUCGCACAUUAUCGAAUAUCAAGCCCGUGCUAUAUGCCAUCUGUCGAAGGCUCAACUUUCCCGGGGGUGGCAGAAUGUGACGGGUUGGAAUGACUGGGCUGGAAAGACGGGCGAGAUUGAAGCUUUAUCAACGGCUCACAGCAGCCUAAUCUCGCUCGAUAACGAGAAAGAGGUUCGAGAGCGCUGGGAUCGCCAACUACGUGAAAUUCAAGAGUCAAGUGCUAUCCUCAAAGAGAUUCAACAAGUCCUCGAUGAAAGCAGAAGACAAACCCAGCGGAACUACGAGGGCCAGGCGGAAAAAGAGCUCCUACAAGAUCUAGCCUCCGAUUAUGAAGGCUACAAAGAUUUCAACCGACUCAGAGUUCAAGGCACAUGUGAAUGGUUUUUCAACGAUGAUAAGUUCUGCAAGUGGCGCGAUAGUAACACAUCUGGACUUCUGUGGCUCUCUGCUGGCCCUGGAUGUGGAAAAUCAAUUUUGUCGCGAUCGCUCAUUGACGAACGUAGACUGUCCUUGAACGUCACAACUUCGACCGUUUGUCACUUCUUUUUCAAAGAUGGCUACGAAGACCGCAUGUAUGGCGUCAAUGCUUUAUGUGCAGUACUUCACCAGCUAUUUACUCGCGACUCGAGCGGUACCCUGAUAAAGCUAGCUCUGCCUGCUCACAAGAACUACGGCAAAGCUCUUACAAGGAGCUUCUCUGAACUAUGGAAUAUCCUUCUUGCUUGUGCCAAGAGCCCUCACGCCGGAGAAGUUAUUUGCAUCUUCGAUGCUCUGGAUGAAUGCGAGAAACAAAGCAGGUUGCAACUGAUCAAAAAACUCGAAGAGUUCUAUUCCCAACCACACGGUUCUUCGGCAUUAUCUUCGAAGCUCAGCUUCCUCAUAACCAGUCGACCAUAUGCUGAUAUAGAGAGAGAUUUUAAAGGUUUCUCUACAGCAGAAUACCUGCAUUUUGACGGCGAUAAAGAGUCUCCUGCUAUCAGGUGGGAGAUUGACCUGGUCAUUGAUGAGCAUGUGAGCCAAAUUGCAGGCAACUUCACCCUUGAUGAUCAACAGGAGAUCUCUAAACGCAUCAAAAGCAUGGAGAACCGCACCUACUUAUGGCUUCAUGUCAUCUUUGAAACAAUCAAAGAGGAUCCGAGCCGCCACGGGAAGCGAUCCAGCAUCCAAAAGCUAUUGAACAAUAUACCAUCAAAGUUAUCCGAGGCGUACGAAAAGAUUCUAAGCCGAAGCAAAUGUCAAGAAGAAACCGAGCGUCUUCUUGAGAUCAUCCUUGCCGCGGCGCGACCUCUAACUCUUGACGAGGCCAAUGUCGCCUUGACAUUGGCUUUAGCUGAAGAAACUUUCAACUCACACGCAACCUUGGAGGAUGAUCUAUGGCCUAAGAAUAAUUUUGAAAGCAUUGUCAAAGGUUUAAGUGGCCUCUUCAUCAGCGUUCACGAUUCAAAGCUGUUCCUCAUUCACCAAACGGCAAGAGAGUUCCUCAUUGACCCUUCGGGGCGGGGUACAUGGGAAGGGCGCUUGAGCAUGUCUAAAGCGACUAAAACCAUAUCAAGAACUUGUUUGCAGUUCUUGAUGCUCCCUGAUCUCCGCGCCCUUGUUGAGGACAUAGCCUCUCGGGGUGAUAACGGAUAUGAAGAAGAUGGCCCAAACAGGCCUACAUUGGACCAAAUGUCCCCGUUCUUCCGCUACGCCGCCAAUCACUGGUCGUUGCACUUUCUAUCCCAGGAAGCCGCAAUCAUUGACCAGACCCUAAAGGAUGCGCGUACACUUUGUAAUCGCCACCAGGCAUGGGUGUGGGCAGCAACCUCUGGAUGGGGCCAGCUGGACUUUCAGGACAUGACAGAUUUGUCUUUGGCAAGUUAUCUUGGGUUGAAGCAAGUGGUUGAGCAUAUAUUGUCAGAGGAACACAUUGAUGUCAACUCUGAAAACGAGUCUUCAGCAUCGGCACUUUCCGCGGCAUGUUCUGCAGGCCAGUCAGAUGUCGUCACGCUACUAUUGAGCAAAGGUGCCAAUUGCAACUCCCGUCACAUACGCUAUGGCACGGCUCUCCAUAUAGCUCUACUCUCACGUCAACAGGACAUUGUUCCUAUCCUACUCAAAAACGGCGCCGAUGUCAACAGCAAAGGCGGAGAGUCCGGAACAGCGCUUUACAUAGCCACCACUUCCAACUACCCAAAUAUUGUCCUCGCCCUCCUUGAAAGCGGUGCAGAUGUCAACUAUAGCGAAGGAAUGCACGGAACAGCGCUGGACGGAGCUUGUCGCGAAGGCAACCAGGAAAUCGUCAAAAUCCUCCUUGACAAUGGGGCAGAUGUCAACAGCAAAGGUGGAUUGUUGGGGACAACGCUUUUCAUAGCCUCAAGUCGCAACGAGCCAGAUAUUGUCCUCAUCCUAUUAGAAAGGGGGGCAGAUGUCAAUUAUAGACAUGAAUUGCAAGGAACAGCGCUGCACGGAGCUUGUUACCGAGGAAAUUCGGAGAUCGUCAAAAUCCUCCUCGAGAAUGGGGCCGACGCCAACAGCGAAGGCGGACGUUUCGGGAAACCGCUUUACCUAGCCUCAACUGAAAACUACCCAGAGAUUGUUACCAUCCUCUUAGAAAAUGGCGCAGACGUCAAUUAUUGCGAUCCAAUGGAUGGAACAGCGCUGCUUGGAGCUUGUUGCCAAGGCCACGGGGAAGUCGUCAAAAUCCUCCUCGAGAACGGGGCCGUCGAUUUCGAACACGGAUAUUACGGCUCGGCGCUUCACGUAGCAUGCAAUGAUAUCGAGGAAUCGGACAUUGCAAUUUGUCUGCUAGAGAAUAUUGUUUACUCUGACAUACGCUAUAAUCACCAAACUCACGGCACACCACUGCAGACAGCAUCUAAGAAAGGCAGGGAGCUUAUCGUCAGAAUACUUCUGGCGAUUGGAGCCGAUCCUAACUUCAUAGGCAGAUAUGGUAGCUCAGCAAUCGAGGACGCAUCAUACUAUGGGCAUCAAGCUAUUGUCAAAUUAUUACUCGAGAACGGAGCUGAUGUCAAUUUCCAAGGCGAAGGGAAGAGCACAGCGCUUCAGAUGGCUGCGGCAGAAGGUCAUGGAGAACUUGUUGCAUUGCUACUCGAACAUGGGGCCGAUAUCACCAUCAAAGGGGAGCUUUAUGGCACGGCGCUCGAUGCGGCAACUGAACAAGGCCAUACGGAAAUUAUGGAGAUGCUAGCUAAGAAAAGUGCUGAGGUUUGA